AUGAAUGGUAAGCCUUUCGGAUCGCGAAUCUUGUCUCCAGACUCACGAUCUGAGGAACGUCAGUUUUCGUCCCGCAAUGAAGGGACAUCCCGACUUCUGCAAGGCGCCGCUUGCUUCACACAUUCGCAUCGAGACUGCAGACUUGGCACGCUCGUCGUGGGGGAGGCCAAGACAGUCACCGGCAAUGACGGGAUGACAGGACACGGGGGCGAGAUUUUCCGAAAGACGGCGACGAUUCUUCGAUUGAACAAGGAGCAGGCCAGCUUGGUCUGCGGUCGCAAUUUCAUGAGUCAGAACGAGUAUUUCGGAGAGAGAGUCCUAUCCACCCUUGCUGUGACGGUCGAGACGGCAGUUGCCUUGGCGUUCUCAGCAAAAGUUGUAGAGUCAGCAAGACAUCACGAAUCGAGCUUCAUCCCGCGGAUGAUGCGGGUAUCUCGGUGCGCAUGUGCCCUCCGCUCCACACCGAGUCGACAAAUGCGUAGUCAUGGCGACGUGGUUCGAACUUUGCUCGUCACGCUCGGCGAACGCAUAUCCCCGAAGACUGGAACAUCCUGCGCCCUUCUUGAACACAGUCAUCACACGAGCUUGUCCCGCUAG